GCGGCGGCGUGAGCUCAAUGCUGCCUGACCUGCUGAGUGUUCCCAUCGACUUUUUUUUAUUUGAGAGGAAUAAAGACUGACACACGGAGAGUGUGGAAACUGUACGGCUGACAGACUCAUAUAAACGUACAUAUCUACAUCGCACAAGGAGGCCAUUUCACCUACACAGCUUGUCAAAGAGAGGAGAUUGCUUCCAUCCCACUGCCCGCCAGGGGCCUACACCAUCCAGUCAAGGUCAGGCAGCACAGCUCGCUCACACACUCACACACUGAGUGUGCCAUAUAAAUACUGAGACAAGACACACUAAUGUUAGAUAUAAUAUAUACACUGUGUACAUUGUGACUGGGCACCCUCAGAUAUAUUGUACACACACUGAGACUCAGACACACGGCAGUGACCACAGACUCUCACGAUACAUAUCAACAGUAUAUAUACACACACACUCACGCACCGAACUACAGAGAGACAGAGACCUGAAUAGCACGACCAGGCAGACAGAAACCAUUGGCUGAGUGGUUCCCUGAACCCACCGGACAGACCCAAGACCAGAAAUAGAGCCUGCCUCCCUGUCUCAGUACGAGGCCCCGACCAGCUUCACAGUUUAUUCUGGCCAGGAAAGCGAGGAGCUGGUAUUAACACACAUGCACUACCCCAGCACUGCCUGCUCACACACGCAUUACAUCACAACUUUUGAGACAAAUAAACACUUUGGCAAGACAGCCAUGAGCUGAAAGAGUUUGAGAGACAAGGCCUGAGAUCAGAAAUCUGCAGCCUGACAUAGAGACGCACAAACACACAGACAUCUCAAGCUGACAGCCAGAAAAUCCCUGUUACAUCAGAGAGCGAUAGAGAGAGAGGGCCACCCUGCUGCCAUGGAGCCAGAUGGACAGAUGCGCAAUCUCCGGGAUUUCCUCCUCGUCUACAAUAAAAUGACAGAAAUUUGCUUCAACAAGUGCAUUAGUAACCUCAACUACCGCAGUGUGACAGUGCAGGAGGAGCACUGUGUGAGCAGCUGUGCCGGUAAACUCAUCCGCACCAACCAUCGGCUCAUGGGCACAUACGUGCAGCUCAUGCCCACCAUCGUGCAGAAGAGAAUCUCCGAGUACGAGAGCAAGAUGCCACAGGGAGCGCUCCCUGAGCCAGGACUGAACCCAGGUCUGCCAGCCCCCGACGUAUCUCCUGGUGUACCAACCCCCGAAGUAACUCCUGGUGUACCAGCCCCCGACGUAUCUCCUGGUGUACCAGCCCCCGACGUUCCACCCAACACUUCCGAAGGAAAGCCCACACUUCCCGCCGUCGAGGUCCCGCUUACUUCAGGACACGGUGACUCCACUACAUCCGUGGAUUCUCUGACACAGCAGAGAUAGCUGCCCUCUAACCGGCACUGCCGAAUCGUCACCGGGACAAGGCUCUCUCGACACAGGGACAUGAGUCUGUCUGUCUCUGCGCCCUCUCCUGCACGUGCACACGCCGAACCCGGCCGGGCCUGAGUUCUCUCUCGCUCACCGCGGUGGAGCAGCACACUGCACUGCGGUGAGGACAACGCUGCCGUGGAUUCCACAAGAGCCGAUUAGCACGAGGACAUUUUUGCACGAGAGCUGUGUGCACUGCCGUUCACGAGGGCAUCGCCACAGUGACGAGGACGAGAGGGGUAAUUGAGACUGGAGGUGGAAAUCAAAUUGUGUCAUUAAAGUUCCUAUUCACCUC